UGUGUUGCAACCGCCUUUUCACUCAGUAGAGCGUAGGAAAGUACUAGAAAAGGUUGCUGUGUUCAUCUUAGCAAAAUUUGAGCCCUUUAUAAUUUGUAUACCUCUUCAUAACACUGGUAUCGUUCUUAAAGAAAACAUGGCAGAAACGGAUCCAAAGUCAGUUCAGGACCUUACCAAUGUGGUCCAGACACUGCUGCAACAGAUGCAGGACAAGUUCCAGACCAUGUCAGACCAGAUCAUCGGAAGAAUAGAUGAAAUGAGCACCCGCAUCGAUGACCUGGAGAAGAACAUUGCUGACCUCAUGACCCAGGCGGGAGUGGAGGAGAUCGAGGGGGUCAAAGAACCACAGGUCAAAGAAGGACAAGGAUCAUGAAGGUCUCCAUACUAAUGGAUUAUCAUUAGUGCGCAAUCUCUGGAACUGCUCCCUUUAUCCAAAUUGUCCUGGAUUUAUUGGAAUUAAUUUGGUAUCAGGUAGAAAAGCUCUUAUUUAAGCUGUGAAAAUUCUGGCAAAGAUUUUUUAGGUCUUUAGUAGCCUUAAUCAAAUGAUACUGUAGUUGAGGUUUACCUUUGGAUGCCAAAUACCAAAUCCAAUCAGAAGUUUAUCAAAAUGUCUUCAAAAAUGUUUUUUAUUUUAUGUUAGUGUGUGGGUUAGUUUAAAGGGAAGAACAUUCACACGAUUACCCCAUUCAAAUGAUCAAGCGCCACCAUUGCUCUUAUUGUGACCUGGGCCAGGGUCCAGGUGGCACCCCGAAUGGUGCUGUGGUGAAGUUUCUCCCUAUAGAUGCGUCUUGGGGAUCCGGACUGAAUCCUGACCUGAGGCCUAUACUUUGAAACAAGUUCAACAGGUCCAGGAUAUCUUUUCGUUAGCUGGCUUCACUAAGCCUAAUAAACGCAAUUCGUUAAAUCAACUAGGUUUUCCCAAUCUAGCCACGAGGGCGUUCACAUAAAAGGUGCGGUAUUGUACCAUAUGACCAAUCGCAAACACGGACAAGUUUACCAGGGCCAUAUAUUUCAUUCAAGUGGAGCAAACGAUCAUGAAUAUGUAGGUUAUAUAUAAAACAAAAUGGUUGCUGCAAAAAAAAAUGCCUACUGUGUAAAUGCAUAGUUACAAGGCUUAUCAAUAUCACUGCCCCAGGUACAACUAGAUCUGACUAUAAUUACAAUUGUUUACUACAUUAAAUUAAUGAAUUUCUUAGAUGAAAUCUUAUUGCGUGUAAAAAAAAUAAAAUAAUCUCCGUAUUCUUUCAGUUGCAAUUCCUGGCAGUGCCAAGCGUCUAAGGAGCAAAUAGCCUAGAAAAAGUGAAACAUCAAUGUGCAUUUGAAAGGACUCCAUGGUGGGGAAGAUAGGCUAGCUGUGACACCUGUGCAAUGUGGAUUUCAAAGGAAUUACGUUUAAUUGUACAGCCUACUGCUUUUUCUGAAAACCCUUUGUGUCCAUACAGGCAAUGUACCAGUAUGACCAAGCAUUGACUAUCUUUAUUUUCCCAUUAUCUGAACGUUGAUGCUGUGGAAUGACUUGCGAUUAACAAAAUCGCCUUCACUCUCAGCGACGCUGUUAUCCGAAUAUGGGUGCAAUUUAUGGAACCGUUCACUCUUGGGAACCCUAUGAAUGGAGUAUGCUGCAUAAUAUACAACAGUAAACGACAUAGGGUCUACAUUGUUUAUAGAUGAAGUAGACAACGUAAGUUAUUGUCUACUUGCUAUUUCACACAAGCCCUCUUUAAUACACUGCUUGGGCAAAUGGCCUGGGAACACAUCUAUUAAGUAGGUCUGUUAGAGCAAGAACCACCUUGCAAAUUGCGUGACAGACCGUGUUUUUGUUUGUCUUCCGCAUCAACCACAGCAUACAUAAAACUACUGUAGCAAAAAACGUAACGCUAUACAUACGUUCUGUGAAACUAAGCGCACGACUUCAGUGUCGCACUGGCAACAUACGGCUCAAGAAUCUGACAAAGAUGUCAUCCCCUCUGCUGAGAAUAAAUAUAUUUCAUAAAGAUAUUCAUCAGAGAAAGCCAACGGGUCUUGUCGGUCUCUGAAUUCUCUUGCUUUUCUAAGACCCCUCACUAUCCGCGCACUAAUCUCCACGGGAUUUUCGACGAAAUUUUCUAACGAGAAUUGAUCAGUAUUGCGUGUUCCAGAGCAGGUUAGGUGUGUAGCAUGUUACCAUGACAAUGUAACCCGCUAACAAGCGAACCACCGCCGUGACAUUGACAACCCCGGGCCUUCAACCUGAAGUUAGUUUGCGGACCCCAAAUCCUGCUUCGUAUUAUAUGCUUCUGGGAUUAGCUUGUACACCGGAGUACGUUCUUUCUGGUGCGCACAUAUAUUGAUGUAGACUGUGGUUGAGAAAACAGUGGCCUAAGAACCAGAUUGGCACCGGAUGUGCUUUGGAAAACCUCGAAGGGACUGAAAUUAGGGAGGAAUGCGGUCGAAGUAAAAUAAACUGUUGUGAUUCUUGUUUUGUCUUCUCAUCUAGAAUGAUCAGAAAUAUUGUUCGCAGGGUGGGACUUCAGAUGAUGAUCGUGACUGUUGUCCCCCUUUCAGUAAAUGUAUUUACAUCAGGUUGCUUAGUACGGUAGCUAUUGGCAACACUCAUUCAACUGACAUCUGUAUAUAGACCAGGUAGUGCUUAGUUCCAAAAAAUGUAUGCACUGUCCUAUAUGUUCUGCAUUGGAGCAUCUGCUAAAUAACAUUUCACCAGAUGAGUAGACUGAGAACAAAUUAAUUUACCCUUAAGAUUUGCAAUAGUAGGAGCAGUGUACAUUUCCACUGUAAACCAAAUAUUUUGAUUGUGUUGUGAAAGGCUUUUGUAUAUUGAUUAUUGUAAUUAAAAGUUACAGUUGUUA